CAGUCUGAGCUGCCCGGGCAGAGUAGGCGCUUGUCUGGAUGGAGGGCAAACCGUUCACCUGACCUGUAUCAGUACCCGUGGCUCGCGGCAUGAACGACAUUUGGGGACGUAGUUAUUUGACAUUUUUACGUGAACGGGGCUCAAGACGAGAGUGUUAUUCCAGCGAUAUGAUUAUGAUACCAUUAUGUUGCAUCAGUCAGCGUGAUUUGCUAUGGUGAUACUACAAGCUAACCCCAAGCUAGCAGAGGGAUUGUUUUGGGAGAUACCCUUUUGAAAAAAAUCAUACGCUGACACAUGAAUUAGAGACUUUUUGUGAAUUUUCAUCAAGCUGGAACACAAAGGGGAAUGUCUAACCAAGGAGUUAGGAGAAAUGGCCCAGUAAAGCUGCGGUUGACAGUCCUUUGUGCAAAGAACCUGGCAAAGAAAGACUUCUUCCGGCUGCCAGAUCCCUUUGCCAAAGUGGUGGUGGACGGUUCAGGACAAUGCCACUCUACAGAUACUGUGAGAAAUACGCUGGACCCAAAGUGGAAUCAACAUUAUGAUCUAUAUAUUGGAAAGGCAGACUCCAUCACCAUCAGUGUAUGGAACCACAAGAAGAUCCACAAAAAGCAGGGCGCAGGUUUCCUGGGCUGUGUCCGCCUCUUGUCCAGUGCCAUCAACAGGCUGAAAGACACUGGCUAUCAGAGACUGGACCUGAAUAAACUGGGCCCCAAUGACAAUGACACUGUGAGAGGGCAGAUAGUAGUAAGUCUUCAGUCCAGGGAUCGCAUCGGGACAGGAGGGCCAGUGGUGGACUGCAGUCGUCUGUUCGACAAUGAUUUGCCUGAUGGCUGGGAAGAGAGGAGGACAGCUUCUGGAAGGAUACAGUACCUGAAUCACAUCACACGUACUACACAAUGGGAGAGACCUACCAGGCCAGCGUCAGAGUACUCCAGCCCAUCAGGGCGUCCGCUGAGCUGCGUGGUGGACGAGAACACACCAGUGAUGACUCCCGUUAAUGGGGCCGUGGCCAGCGGCCCGCCAGGCGAACAGCGGAUCCAGGAGAGACGGGUUAGAUCACAGCGGCAUCGUAACUACAUGAGUCGGACACACCUGCAUACGCCACCUGACCUGCCUGAGGGUUAUGAGCAAAGAACAACUCAGCAGGGCCAGGUCUACUUCCUCCACACGCAGACUGGAGUCAGCACUUGGCAUGACCCCCGGGUACCCAGGGACUUAAGCAAUGUGAACUGUGAGGAGCUUGGCCCACUGCCACCAGGCUGGGAGAUCAGAAACACAGCCACUGGCCGCGUCUACUUUGUCGACCACAACAAUCGAACAACACAGUUCACAGACCCGCGACUGUCUGCUAACCUGCAUCUUGUACUCAACCCAAGUCCAAAUGGUUCCCGUGUGGCCAUGGACAGCCAAAACACUAACCUCAGUCAUCCGACGCAGUUGAAGGACCAGGGUGGUCCUGGGGGUCCCCAGCAACCUCUGUCACCAGCCCAGUUACCUGAAGAAGCAGAGUGCCUGACGGUGCCCAAAUACAAGAGAGAUCUGGUGCAGAAGCUGAAGAUCCUGCGGCAGGAACUGUCUCAGCAACAACCCCAGGCUGGUCACUGCCGUAUCGAGGUCUGCCGUGAGGAGAUUUUCGAGGAGUCGUACCGACAGGUGAUGAAGAUGCGUCCAAAGGAUCUCUGGAAAAGACUGAUGAUCAAAUUCAGAGGAGAGGAGGGACUGGACUAUGGUGGGGUAGCGAGGGAAUGGUUGUACCUGCUGUCCCAUGAGAUGCUGAACCCGUACUACGGCCUGUUCCAGUACUCCAGAGAUGACAUCUACACUCUACAGAUUAAUCCCGACUCUGCUGUCAACCCGGAGCACCUGUCGUACUUCCACUUUGUGGGUCGUAUCAUGGGAAUGGCGGUGUUCCACGGCCACUACAUUGACGGGGGCUUCACUCUGCCCUUCUACAAACAGCUGCUGGGAAAACCGAUCACGCUGGACGAUAUGGAGUCUGUCGACCCUGACCUCCACAACAGCCUCGUCUGGAUUCUGGACAAUGACAUCACCGGUGUCCUGGACCACACUUUCUGUGUAGAGCACAACGCCUACGGAGAAAUCAUCCAACAUGAACUGAAACCCAACGGCAAGAGUAUUCCUGUCACAGAGGACACCAAGAAGGAGUAUGUUAGGUUGUAUGUGAACUGGCGUUUCCUGCAUGGCAUCGAGGCUCAGUUUCUGGCCUUGCAGAAAGGCUUCAAUGAGGUUAUCCCUGAACACCUUCUCAAAGCCUUUGACGAGAAGGAACUGGAGCUGAUAGUGUGUGGCCUGGGAAAGAUCGACAUCUCAGACUGGAAGUCCAACACCCGUCUGAAGCACUGCACCCCUGACAGCAACAUAGUCAAGUGGUUUUGGAAAGCGGUGGAGUCGUUUGACGAGGAGAGGAGGGCCCGACUACUGCAGUUUGUUACUGGCUCAUCCAGAGUCCCACUGCAAGGCUUCAAGGCUUUGCAGGGUGCUGCAGGGCCCAGACUCUUCACCAUUCAUCAGAUCGAUGCCAACACCAACAAUUUGCCCAAAGCCCAUACCUGCUUUAAUCGGAUUGACAUUCCGCCCUACGAGAGCUACGACAAGCUGUACGAUAAGCUGCUGACGGCGAUCGAGGAGACCUGUGGCUUCGCUGUGGAAUGAGAGACACAUUAUGUGCAGGACUCUGAUAGAUUAUUAUUGUAUGUGUGACAUGCCGAUGGGCGCACUCAGAGCCUGAUUUGUACGUCUUUGACCAGCCUGCAGUCUUCCUCUUCUCUCACCGCUGUCCAAAUUCUUCUCUUAUCGAUAUCUGUUUGAACAGCUGCUAGAGAGUCAGCCCAUCCUUUUUUUUUUUUUCCUUUUUUGUUAUGUUGUAGUCAUGUGAAAUCAAAUUAGGAGCUGUUAUGAGCUGCAGCAUUUCUUUAAACAAUUUUGUUUUUUAUCAUUUUGAGUGGGCAGUUUUGUUAUUGUUUUGUUUUUUGUCGAUUUCCUUGGCAGUCAGAAAAAGAAAAGGUGAAAAGACCUGUAAUGCUUGGUCAUCUCACUUUGAAUCUAAUCGAAUCAGGAGGCGGUUUAUCAACACAGUUCAGUAUCUUACAAAAGUGUUUCUUUUAAAAAAAAUUAUCCAGAGGGAUUUGAGAACAGUGAGUCACUUUUGUUUCACAAUUUGAUCAGAUUUUUUUUUUCUUUUCUUUUUUUUUUUUAAAUCAUUGUCAUGCUACUGAAUCUUUAACAUUGCAGGUAGCCAUAUCUUGCCCUUGGUAGCCAUCUUAACCUCAACCAAUACACCUUCCAAUCCUCAUGGCUGCAGAGUUGGUGUGCUUCAUCUUGUAGGAGCGCCACAAAUUCAUCCUACCUCAGUGUAAUGCUUUGGCAUUUGAAGAGUUUCAUUCCAAAAUGUUAUAUAUCAUCUUUUGUAAAAGUUGGUAGCUGAUGUAAUUCAAAUUCGGAAUAGAAAAUCUUCCAUUUUUACAGAAAUACACCAUAAUUAGUUCAAUUUUUUAUACCAGCAGUCAUUUUGUACCCGUAAGUCUUUAUAAUUUAAAUAUGGAUGUAUCAUUUUGAAAUGGAACUCAUACAGACUGACGUGGAUGUACAGUAGCUCUGAUUUUUUGUGGCGUUUUAGAGUCGAGCUUGUGGCGGUUGUUCAAAGAUGAGGGACGGACUCUGGUGAAGAAGAAGGCAUAAAUCUUAUUUUUUCCCUGAAUCACUGCACACUGUGGCCACAGCUUUUGUAGACGUGUGUGUGUCUGUGUGUUUCUGCAUGUGUACACAAAUGUACGUUUGUAUGCAAGGAAGGUAGACAUUUUGUAAAUGAGUUCCCUUCAAUUCUUACUACCACAGUAUCCUGUAUAUGUCGCUGCAAAGCUGAUUGAACCUCACUGUUUGAGCCUGGUUCGUCUUCCUUUUCUCUUAUUUGUCUCCAGCAGUUACAAGUAUGCAUGUUCUUUUUCAUUCUAUCCAACCCAGUGUAACUCAGCACACUUCCUGUCAGAUCAUAUGUGAAAAGGGCACAACUGUCCUCGGGACCAGGCUUGAUUAAAAGGCCUUUCAAGGCAGAUGUCUAUUUUCAGUCACAUCAGUUUAAUAAGGCAGAAGUAUUUCUUUCUCUCUUGUCACUUUAGAGCACUUUACAAACUGAGCAGUGAUGGCAGGAGUGCGUUCUUCACGUUAGAUUAAAAUAUAUCAUGUUUCAUUUGCUAUACAACUACAUUAGAAAUAUACGGAGUAAAAAUGAUCUAUACACUUGUAAUUUUUGAGUAUAUAUGUACAAAUACAUAGCUAUUUUGUAUAUUGUUGCUUGUUCUUUCUGUUCAAUUUAAAUGCAAGCAUGUUGGUGUCUGUCACAGACCUCUUUGCAUUCUCAGGUGAAGUUCUUUGUUUUGUUUUUUUUUCUCUUUUUUUUAUUAAUUUUUUAUUUUACGUUUAUUAGGCUAGUGUGUGAGGAGGGGUACAACUGGUUUUAAUGGAAACUAAUAUUUCAUAGGCCUUGUCUUUACACCCAUGAUAGAUUUUAAAACUUGGCAGUUUAAAGUGAGAUUUUUGUGAGGGUCUUGAUCAGUCACAUUCGCAUUUUGACAUGCAUACCUUCAUGGGAGAACAGCAAAGGCCAUAUUUGCUGCUCUUGACAUCUGUGUCACCACUGAAUACCAAACAGCACAGACAACCAUAUUAUUUCAUAUGCACAAGGGCAGUAUGUUUGCAACAAGAAUUUUAAAAGCGAGAAAGUAGUCUGAAUGCUGUUGGUGGCCUCACAUCCUCAGGGCUGCAAAUGUUGGCGGUUGACUGCUGCUGAACUCCUGGGUGCUACACAGUGAAAAAUGUUCAACCAAAAUACAAAGUCAGUAAAAACCAGAGAGGCAGCAGUGAGGUGAGCAGCUCCAUCACCAGAGCCUCUAUCCAAAAACAAAACCCCUCUGCAUGAAUGGAUGCUCGAGAGAUCAAGCCUAUUUAUUUGCUUAAUUAUUACUCAUAGAAAACUUGUUGACUUGGAAAAAUCAGUUAAAUGUUCUUUUUUUUCUUUUUCUUUUUUUUUAUUUAUCUGCCUGCAUUUGCAACCAUGAACAGUUUCGUUGGCUGAUACUCAAAACAUUUUUAUUUUGUGGUCAUGAGAGAAAACAGAAACAAAACACAGUACAUUGAAAUAGUUGUCAAAGAAUUUAUUUGAUUUUACCUUUAAUAACUCGACUCAGAGGCAGAAAAGAGAUGCAUUACAAGUUUUUUUGCACACAUUAUGCAUACUUGGGCUCCAAGUUAUAAUCAGACACUUCCUUCUAUUUACCAAAUAGUUAAUGGACUGAUUGAUUUUUAUGUAGAUAACAUAUAUAUAUAUAUAUACACACACUUGCUCGUGAUAUGCACACACAUCUAUGUUCGUCCAGUGCACAAAGUCCUCUUCUGCUCUUUGUUAUUUUUUGUUGGCACCAAGUUCUCUGGCUGGUUCAGUCUUCAGUGCAAAAGUUGUGGGGGUUGAGCAAUUUCCAGACAAGGGGAAACCACAUUUCUCCCCAGUUAAGCAGCCUAAUUGGUCACACAUAAAAAUAUAAAAUUGCAGAUCAUUAACUUUAUCAAGCUUUGAUGGAAAGACAUUUUUGUCUACUCAGAUUAAUCUAAUUAAUUUACUUGAACAACUUGAGAGCUGACUCAAAUUGACAAUUCUUUUAAAAAAAAUAUGAAUUGUAAUGAUGGUUUAAAAGGUCACAAACCACAACAAGCUCUCCCCACACUUGUAAGCACAAAUUUACAGUUUAAUGUGCAAAUUUGUGUGUGUAUGUGUGUAAAUGACUUUUGAUUGAAUUCAGUACAAAACAGAAUUUUUUUUUUAACUGAACCAUGUUUUAUUUCUUUUGAUUCUCUACCUGUUUUGUAUUUAUUAUUACAGUAUACGUGUUCAUAGUUUUUCACAUCAGCUGCUCUGUGAGCUUGUAACUGACACCUGUACAUAAGGAAAAUAAAGAAGCAAUGUAAUAAACUUCUUGUACCCUUGCAGAAAGCUGAGCAAUAAAACUAUGCUGUUUGGACCUCACAGCAUUAUGUUUUAUAGAA